AUGACUGAAAGCUUGCCCCCAAUCUACAAUUUCCCACCACUGUAUACAUGCCAGCCCAAUGUGUUGAUCAGAGAACAGCAGCUCACUACAUGGUGCGAUCUACUCCUGGAGUUUUCCAAGAAGAAUAAAGCUUGGUGUGUAAAUCAAGAAGGAAGUAUAGUUCGAGAUCUUGAAACUGGUGAUAAUAGCAUCUUCAAGAACCAAACGAUUCAGAGAACGGCCCCGGCUCCAUUUGUGGAUCAAAUUUGGAGCAGAAUGGUGGAAACGCAAAAAGCCGUCAAACUCGAUAAUGGACAAUACCUAAUGCUCUGGAGAAGCCUUGAACAGUGGAGUUCCGUAUUUUUACAAUGGUUUGAAACAGCAGGGAAGCUAAACCAAGUAGUAACCUUGUAUGAGCUACUAGAGGGUGAUGAAUCGCUCGAGUGGGAAUUUCAUGAGAUGCACCAUAAACUGUGUGAGCUGUGCUUGCAAAAACUGCGCGAUAGAGGCAGAGCUACAUUAUUGAAGGAGCAAAACAGGAUUGUGGGUGUGAAAGUGCUAUGA